GCCCUCACAAGUUCGACAGGUUUCGAAGCUCAUCCGCGUGCGCGAUCGGCCUAGUCUGAAACUGACCGCCCGCGACAACGGUUACAAAAUGAUUCCGCAUUUAUUGCUAAUAGUGCUGCACGUUAUCAGCCUCGGAACGAUCUCCAGUGCUUGCACGAGGGCAGUGCUGUACAGUGUCACGCCGAGUUCCGACGAGCAGGUCGGCUAUCUGCGGAUGCUGGAGAAGACGAACGAGGCGAUGGACUUUUGGGUGCUCACGAGUUGGACCGGCGAGGAGGCGCACGUGCUCGUACCGGAAAGUGAGGACGCUAGAUUCAAAUCUGAUCUAAAACAACGUGGAAUAAUACCAACCGUUCGCAACUCCAACAUUACAACCUGCGGCAACAGCAACAACAACAGCAGCACACGAUCUGAACGCAACGCUGCAUACAGCUCAAAACCUGGAACGCUAGAUUUUACCAGUCGAUAUUUGAACCAUGCGGAUAUCAACAGGUACAUCGAUUAUUUGGGCAAGAAAUAUCCAGAUUUAGUUACGGUGACCACUAUUGGUCACUCGUACGAGAGGCGACCCAUGCGAACGGUCACGAUAUCAUCCGGAAAGCCCUCCAAAACAAUGAUCAUCGACGCCGGAAUCCACGGUCGAGAGUGGAUUGCCCCAGCCACCGCCCUGUACCUGAUGAGUCAACUGGUGCAGAACUCCAACCGACACCGAGAACUGCUCGCGAACAUCACCUGGAUCAUCCUCCCACUGGUCAACCCCGACGGCUACGAAUACUCACUAAAUUCCAACAAAUUCUGGCGCAAAACGCGUCGCCCCGCGAAACGCUGCGUCGGAACCGACGCCAACCGUAACUUCAGCUUUCACUGGGGUGAAAAGGGCGCCUCCCGCCAGGAAUGCUCCCAAACCUUCGCCGGCCCAAAGCCCUUCUCCGAGCCGGAAACCCAAGCCCUCCGAAAUCUCCUCCUCGCCAAAGGCAACAUAACCUCGUUCUACCUAACCCUCCACUCCUACGGCCGCUUCCUGCUCUACCCGUGGGGCCACAAGAAGGACCUCCCCCGUAAGUGGCGCCUCCUGGACGCCGUAGCCCGGGCCGGAGCCGUGGCCAUGAAGCGGAACCACAACGUCAGCUACCGCGUCGGAGGGGCGGCCAAACUGCUGUACGAGGCGUCCGGUGGAAGCGAUGACUUCGCGCUGGCCGUUGCCCGGAUUCCCCUCUCGAUCACGAUGGAACUUCCCGCCGGCGGCAGUGGUGAGAGCGGGUUUCACCCGGCGGAGUCGCAGAUAAGCCGGCUCGUCGAGGAAGCAUUCACCGGCAUUCGGGCGAUGGCACUCAAGAUGGUGCAGAUGGACGUUUGAGCGAGUGGUUCUUAUCGAAUAAAGUGUUGUGUGAUAAAGGGUUUUUACUGAAAGCUUGCUGGUUUGUACUUAUUUACUGGUUUGAAGAAUGUGACUAAUUCUUUUAAGCUGGGGCA